UAGGUCUAAAAUUUUCUAGAGCAGUGGACUCUAGGUGUGCCUUCUUUAACAGAGGUUUAACCCAAUACAUCAGCACCAGACAGCGAUUUAUAAAAAAUGGGGUGAAAUGACAUCAAUCGAAGAGCCAGAUGGCUUUAACUGCCAAACUCCUAUCUCAAGAAGAAGUGACUUGAGAUUGGUUAAAAAUGGGAAAACUCCACAGUGGUGGCAGGGGUCCCAAGCAGGUUGAGAAAUGCCCAGUCUAAUGGCAUUAUUCUUACUUUUAAUUUUUUUUGAUAAUCCAUUACACAAAAUGCAUUCACAUUUGUUAUCUCUAGAUGGACAUAUGAUGCUAAUACUUUAUUCCAGUAUGUUUAUUUAACUAGCCACACACUUUUGCAAUGAUUCCCAGAUGAGGAUGCACUUCGUUGUUAUGGUGAUGCUGUUGCCGGUGCUAAUGAGGGCUGUUUCAGAGGGCAGGUCCAGCUGUCGACUUACCAAUAUCUCCAUUACUGUGGAAAGUGAGGAAUGUGGCAGCUGCAUUACUAUCGACACUACUGCUUGUGCUGGGCUCUGCAAAACACAGGAAAGAGUAUACCGUAGCCCUAUGGUGCAGAACUACCAGAACACUUGUAACUUCAGAGAGUGGACCUACGAAACUUAUGAAUUCAAAGGCUGCCCUCUCAGGGUUGACUCGGUUUUCAGCUACCCUGUGGCCCUCAGCUGUGAGUGCAGCAAGUGUAACACUGACAUUAUGGACUGUGGAGUUCUCAGCCACCAGACAACCAGCUGCAAUGCACAUUAUUAG